UUGACAAAGCAAGUUUUCGUUUGUAAAUUUUAUUCUUGUUUCCGAAUUUGUUCCUUUAAAUCAUGAAUAUAACAAUGAAGUUCUCUUUAAAUACUGUAUAGAUGUGUAGGACGUAGGUUUAAGUAACACAAGAGUUAUCUAUAACAAAAGCUUAGGCUUUAGUGUUAACUGAACCAAACUUAUAACUAAAAUGACUCUCGCAGAGUUUUUCAGUUGUUCCCUACUUGCCUUCGGGCCCCCUUUUGCGAUGUUUGCGCUGACAAUCGCAAACGACCCGGUGCGGAUUAUCAUCAUGAUUGCUGCAGCCUUUGGGUGGCUCGUAUCGUUUUUAAUGUCGUCACUAAUCUGGUUCGCAGUGAGCCCCUUGCGAUCGUACUUAGCCUUUGGAAUGGUGUUUGCAAUAAUAAUGCAGGAAGCUUGUCGCUAUGGAAUGUACUUGCUACUACGAAAGACAGAAGCUGGUCUGAAGGAGAUCUCCGAGAACCAUGAGAUUUGUAGCAACAAACUUGAGAUGGCAUAUGUCUCUGGGCUAGGCUUUGGCAUUAUGAGUGGGGCUUUUGCCCUUAUCAAUGUUCUAGCUGACUCAGUAGGGCCAGGCAGCGUUGGCCUCCAUGGUGGAACAGAGUACUUCUUUGUCACAAGUGCAGCAAUGACUCUGUGCAUGAUACUUCUCAACACCUUCUGGAGUGUCAUCUUCUUUAAUGGACUAGACAACAAAAACUAUGCUAAAAUUGUAUGGGUCAUUGGUUCACACUUCUUUGUGUCAGGUCUUAGUUUGCUCAACAAGAAGGAGUUGUACGUAGUAACGAUUUUACCGUCAUAUAUUAUACUCAUUAUAACAAUUGUGAUAGCUUUCAAAUGUGCGGGAGGAUCAAGCAAAGGACUCAUUCAAAGCUUUACUGGCCGGCCAUAGAAAGGCAUUCCUUUAGACCAGCCUAGAUAAACAAUUCUAAGGUACCCACUAUUAUGUUAGAGGAAAAUAGACAAACCCUUGCCUCUAACGAAACCCAGAAAAUAUCGUGAAAUGGUAAUUGGUAUUGAAUGCACCCUUAAUGUGAUAAUACAUAAACAUUGUUUGCUUAGUUUCAACUUUGGUUGUGUUCACCUUGUAAACUUGGAAUCGUGAAAACAAAAUCCUGUUUUUCAGAAGUGGGAUAAUUUAGUGUACUGAAAUAUUUGACAUUUCGGCUUAAAGCUUUAUUUGUAUUUAUUAUAAAUAACUUACAAUAUGACAUCAUAUAAUAUACGUAACCCAUUUGCAAAAUGAUGAAAUAUAAAUUAAAAUCUAAAUAAUACUAAUGUUAUAGCAUCAAAAAGUAUGUCUUCAGGUAUGUUUGAAAAUGCUACUGAUAUAAAAAAUAUUGUAUAAAAGAGAGUAAUUAAGCAGCAAUUGUUGUAUAUCUUCAAUAAGAUGUUCUAAUAAUCGUUAAAGCCCGCCGUUCCGCAUUAGAGCGGCAUCACGGGUCUUUGCUCAAAAAUUCGUCUAUCCUAUGACCUGUGCCCAACUGUGGAGAAAUAAUAAGUUGAGGAUCAUGAAUAGAAUGAAAUGAAUGCAACAAAAUACUGUAAAAUUAUUAUUAUUGUUUAGUUUGUCUUUAACCUUUGUAUUUGUAACAUGGGUGCAUGAAUGUAUUAAUGCUAUACUUAAUAUGAAUAAACUGUAAAGUUGGUCGCACAUUACGAGCUGAUCAAAACUACAA